CCUGCCCGCGAUGGCCGUCUUCCCGCUGCUCCUUUGCCUGCUGCCACUGGCUCCUGCUUCAUCUCCGCCCCAGCUGACCACACCCAGCCCAUGUCCCCGACGCUGCCGCUGCCAGACACAGUCACUGCCUCUAAGUGUGUUGUGCCCAGGGGCUGGCCUCCUGUUUGUGCCACCCUCACUGGACCGCCGGGCAGCUGAGCUACGCCUGGCAGACAAUUUCAUCGCAGCCGUGCGCCGCCGGGACCUGGCCAACAUGACAGGCCUGCUGCACCUGAGCCUGUCACGGAACACCAUCCGCCACGUGGCAGCUGGCGCCUUCGCUGACCUUCGAGCCCUGCGCGCCUUGCACCUCGAUGGCAACCGGCUGACCUCACUGGGUGAGAGUCAGCUGCGUGGCCUGGUCAACUUGCGCCACCUCAUCCUGAGCAACAACCAGCUGGCCGCGCUGGCAGCCGGCGCCCUAGAUGACUGUGCUGAGACACUUGAGGACCUCGACCUGUCCUACAACAACCUCGAGCAGUUGCCCUGGGAGGCUUUGGGCCGUCUGGGCAACGUCAAUACACUGGGCCUGGAUCACAACCUGCUGGCCUCCGUACCUGCCGGCGCCUUCUCCCGCCUGCACAAGCUGGCCCGGCUGGACAUGACCUCCAACCGCCUGACCACCAUCCCACCGGACCCACUCUUCUCCCGCCUCCCACUGCUCGCCCGGCCCCGGGGCUCUCCUGCUUCCGCCUUGGUGCUGGCCUUCGGCGGGAACCCUCUGCAUUGCAACUGUGAGCUGGUAUGGCUGCGACGGCUGGCCAGGGAGGAUGACCUGGAGGCGUGUGCCUCCCCACCCGCGCUGGGGGGCCGCUACUUCUGGGCUGUGGGAGAGGAGGAGUUCGUGUGUGAACCACCUGUGGUGACGCAUCGCUCACCGCCCCUCGUGGUGCCUGCAGGUCGGCCGGCCACCCUGCGCUGCCGGGCAGUGGGAGACCCAGAGCCCCGUGUGCGUUGGGUGUCACCUCAGGGCCGACUUCUGAGCAAUUCAAGCCGUGCCCGGGCCUUCCCUAAUGGUACACUGGAGCUUCUGGUCACGGAGGCGGGCGAUGGCGGCAUCUUCACAUGUAUUGCAGCAAACGCAGCUGGUGAGGCCACGGCGGCAGUUGAGCUGACUGUGGGUCCCCCACCACCUCCCCAGCUGGCCAACAGCACCAGCUGUGACCCCCCGCGGGACGGGGAUCCUGAUGCCCUCACCCCGCCCUCUGCCGCCUCAGCGUCAGCCUCAGCCAAGGCAGCUGACACGGGCACCCCCGCCAACCAUGGCGUUCAAGUGACAGAGCAUGGAGCCACAGCUGCCCUCAUCCAGUGGCCGGACCAGCGACCUAUCCCAGGCAUCCGCAUGUACCAGGUCCAGUAUAACAGCUCAGCCGAUGACAUCCUCGUCUACAGGAUGAUCCCAGCUGACAGCCGCUCGUUCCUGUUGACAGACCUGGCAUCAGGCCGUGCUUACGAUCUGUGUGUGCUGGCGGUAUACGAGGAUGGAGCCACUGGGCUGACAGCUACGCGGCCAGUGGGCUGUGCCCACUUCUCCACAGAGCCAGCACUGCGGCCAUGCGGAGCUCCGCAUGCACCCUUCCUGGGCGGCACGAUGAUCAUUGCGCUGGGCGGCGUCAUCGUGGCCUCGGUACUGGUCUUCAUCUUCGUGUUACUUAUGCGCUACAAGGUGCACGGAGGCCAGCCGCCCGGCAAGGCCAAGGGGCCAGCACCAGUCAGCAGCGUUUGCUCUCAGACCAACGGCACCCUAGGACCCACGCCAGCUCUGCCAGCCUCUGAGUCCUCUGUGUCCAGGCCUCACACCGUGGUCCAGCUAGACUGCGAGCCUUGGGGACCCAGCCACGAACCUGUGGGGCCCUAGCCGCACACCCAUCUCCACGGCCCCUUAGGCCCCAGGAGUGCCGGAACCCCGGUACACCACGGGGCCUGGCCACAGACUCACCAAAUUGCUCAUGGUUUUUAAAACUCUGAUGGGGAGGGUGUCGAGGGGACCGGGCACAACACGAAAGUCCUAUUUUUCUAAGCUUGGG